GAAAGUGUGUGUGUGUUUUGUGAGAAAGAAAAUUAUUAAAUGAGUAGGCGAAUGUGUGUGUGUGUGUGUGUGUGAUGUGUGUGGGUGUGUCCUCCGAGAGACUCAUUCAGUGUGUCGCGCGCUUCUCUCGCACGCGCUCUCUCCGGCGGAGCCCAAAAUAAAGUUUGGGCAGUUUUCAGUGGAGUUAGUAGAGUUAUCAGAGAACGUAUAUGUGUGAGAGAGUGUUUAAGUGUGUGUGUGUGUGCGCGCGAGAGAGAGAGAAAGAGAGCGUUUGAAUAAGCGAGUGUGUGCAUUUUUAAAAUUAUUAAUAGGCUACAUAAGCGAGUGUGUAUGUGAUGAUAUGAGUGUGUGUGAUGGUAUGAGUGGAUGAGUGUGUGCUAUGAUGAUGUGAGUGGGUGUGUCCUCGGAAAUUGAGGGUGUCGCGCGCAUCUCACGCACGCACGCGCGCGCUCGCUUAGUUCAGAGACGCGCAAACUCCGGCGGAGCCCAGAAUAAAGUUUGAGGAGUUUUCAGAAGAGUUAGAUGAGUUUCCAGUGGAGUUAGCAGAGCUAUCAGAGGAAUUAUCCGAGGAGUUGUUAGUGGAGUUAACAGUUUUCUGUGGAGUUUUCAUCACCCGUGGAUCUCCCCGAGGAUGUCCGGCUCGUUCUGCCGCAGUCUGUACGCCUUCACCGGGGAGCAGCACCGGGAGGGUCUCAGCUUCCAGCCCGGGGAGCUGAUCCUCAUCACACAGGCUCCCGAAGGAGGAUGGUGGGAAGGAGAGAAGGACGGAGCCCGGGGCUGGUUCCCGUCCACAUACGUGCAGAUGGAGCAGUGUGUUGUGGACGAGCCGCUGCCCAGACACUGGAGGAGCUACAUUUCCCCACAGGGACGCCAGUAUUACGUCAACACCAUCAGCCACGAGACGACAUGGGAGAGACCGUCCAGCACACCGGGGACACCCAAAACACCCCUCAAACACACACACUCCAGCGGCACAGGUACACCAACACACACUUUUCUCUUUGCUUUAGUCUUUUUGAGGUUUACAUGUUCUAAAAUGAAGCUGGGUUUGCUGCUUAGCCAGUUCAGUUUCAGUUCUACUAAUCCUGGGUUUUAAAUUCCAUAAAGGCAGCUCAGGUUUAAUCCAUCUUUGUCAUCAUAGUAAUUCAUACUGCACCGCUAUGUUAUAUUAAUGUUUUGUUCUGGUUGUGUUCAGGUUUGUUCUGCUUAUUUUCAGGUUAUGUUACGAAUUUGUUCAGGUUGUGUUCAGUGAAUGUUCUGGUUAUGUUCCUGUUAUGUUCAGUCUAUGUUCUGGUUA